AUGGGAACUAAUUCACUAAUUCUCUUCAUAUAUCAUUUCAUGAAAGCGAUGGAUAAUAACCACGUAGCACAAUUUCAAUGUUAAUAUUAUUUUAAGCAUCUUGGCGGAAAGCUACCAUGGUAAAUGUUUGCAAUGCGCCAAAUCAACAAGUGAUGUGCUUCAGCCACCCUUCUAAUUACAGUUUCCACGGAAAUUCUUUUUGGACGGGCUUCUCAAUCUGGCUGCGCUACCAAAAUGUUUUUCUCAACCGCAAUAGUCAUUCAAAACGGCUGCACGAAGGAGGUGUGGUUACAGUCUCACUGACUGAAGCACCGCUGCUCUCGACCAACAGUCAGCUGGGGAGAGGCAGGCGUUUGCGCGCGCGCGUGCCGACCAACCGGGAAGCAAACUGAGCAAGACCCAGUACAACGGCGCAGGCUACAAGUCGAGGAGAUUUCUACCCACUACAUCCAUUCCGUCCCCAUCAUGGCCGACCCAGCGGCUGCGGAGGGCGCGGGGGGCGCAAGAGGCUUCGCCAGGCAGGGCGCGCUGAGGCAGAAGAACGUGCACGAAGUGAAAAACCACAAGUUCAUCGCGCGCUUCUUCAAGCAACCGACCUUCUGCAGCCACUGCACCGACUUCAUCUGGGGUUUCGGCAAGCAAGGCUUCCAGUGUCAAGUGUGCGGUUUUGUGGUCCACAAGCGCUGCCAUGAGUUUGUUACUUUCUCCUGCCCCGGGGCCGACAAGGGCCCUGCAUCAGAUGACCCUCGAAGUAAGCAUAAGUUCAAGGUACACACAUACUCCAGCCCCACAUUCUGUGACCACUGUGGUUCUCUACUGUACGGGCUCAUACACCAGGGGAUGAAAUGUGACACUUGUAUGAUGAAUAUUCAUAAGCGAUGCGUGGAGAAUGUCCCCAGCCUGUGUGGAACAGACCACACCGAGAGGAGAGGACGUCUGCAGCUUAUUGCUAGUAUCACAAAUAAUGUUCUCACCGUGACCGUCAAGGAAGCUCGUAACUUGGUGCCAAUGGAUCCAAACGGUCUGUCAGAUCCAUACGUCAAGCUUAAAUUAAUUCCAGACCCAAAGAGUGAGAGCAAGCAGAAGACCAAAACCAUCAAGUGCUCCCUCAAUCCUACCUGGGACGAACACUUCAGCUUUAACCUCAGAGAUACAGAUAAAGACAGGCGUUUGUCAGUGGAGGUGUGGGAUUGGGAUCUGACCAGCAGAAAUGACUUCAUGGGGUCGAUGUCUUUUGGCAUCUCUGAGCUGCAGAAACAAGGUGUCGACGGAUGGUUUAAGUUGCUGGGCCAAGAGGAAGGAGAGUAUUUCAACGUUCCAGUUCCACCAGAUGGAGAGGAGGGCAAUGAAGAACUGCGGCAGAAAUUUGAGAGAGCCAAGAUUGGCCCUGGCAUUAAGAAUACAGAUGGCUCUUCAAAGAAUGACAUCUCCAAAUACGAUGCCAAUGGCAACCAAGACCGCAUGAAGCUCUCAGACUUCAACUUCAUCAUGGUGCUGGGCAAAGGCAGCUUUGGCAAGGUGAUGCUGUCCGAGCGUAAAGGCUCAGAUGAGCUGUACGCAGUGAAGAUCUUGAAGAAGGAUGUGGUCAUUCAGGAUGAUGAUGUGGAAUGCACUAUGGUGGAGAAGCGAGUUCUCGCUCUCUCUGGCAAACCACCCUUCCUCACCCAUCUCCACUCGUGCUUUCAGACCAUGGACCGUCUUUACUUUGUGAUGGAGUAUAUCAAUGGUGGAGAUUUGAUGUAUCAAAUACAACAAGUGGGAAAAUUUAAGGAACCCCAUGCUGUGUUCUAUGCUGCAGAGAUUGCCAUCGGCUUGUUCUUUCUUCAUUCAAAGGGCAUUAUUUACAGAGAUCUGAAGCUGGAUAAUGUGAUGUUGGACGCUGAAGGCCACAUUAAAAUAGCAGAUUUUGGCAUGUGCAAAGAGAACAUGUUUGAUGGGGCCACAACCAAAACCUUCUGUGGCACUCCAGAUUACAUCGCCCCAGAGAUCAUUGCAUAUCAGCCGUAUGGCAGGUCUGUCGACUGGUGGGCUUAUGGAGUUCUCCUCUAUGAAAUGCUGGCAGGACAGCCCCCUUUUGAUGGUGAGGAUGAAGAUGAGCUUUUCCAGUCCAUCAUGGAGCAUCAUGUGUCUUACCCCAAAUCCAUGUCCAAAGAAGCAGUGGCCAUAUGCAAGGGGCUGAUGACCAAGCAUCCAGGGAAGCGUCUGGGCUGUGGACCGGAGGGAGAGCGAGACAUUAAGGAACACGCUUUCUUCCGCUACAUGGACUGGGAAAAACUGCAAAAUAAGGAAGUUCAGCCUCCCUUCAAACCCAAAGCAAAAAAUCGACGGGACACAGGUAAUUUUGACAAGGAGUUCACCAAGAUGGCGGUUGAGCUGACACCAACGGAUAAACUCUUCAUUAUGAAUCUGGACCAAAAUGAAUUCCAAGGCUUCUCCUACACCAACCCUGAGUUUGUCAUUCAGGUUUAACACCAAACUCCAGCUGACGGUCUUAUUACCCAGAAAGCAUUAUUUUUAGUCCCUGUGCCAUCUCGAUUGUCCUCUCUCUUCACCUAAAACGGCACAAACCCAGCAGGUUCAUACAGAACCAAACCAGGAUUAUACUCAGUCUCAACCAAGGCCUCAGAAACUCUCACCAGAGAAGAGAGAGAACGGUUAUAAAAGAGUGUAUUCAUAGUCUCCAUGAGAAUGUCUUGUCUUUUCAUCUCCAUGAGAAUUAUCCUACCUCUUUCUUUUACACAUUCUCUCCAUAGAUUCAGUCAGCGUUUUCCUGCAGCCCCUCGUUUCCAAAUGAAUUAGCCUGACAACAUGCAGCACUAAUGGCCCUUUCCAGAGCUAAUUAGGCCUUACGCAACCUUGAACCGUUUAAGUUACAAUCUGGUCUAAAUUAGUAAAGCAUUUUGGUAUCAAUUCAAAGUCAAGUUCCCGUGCAUCAUUAAGCAAAUAUCCUCAAGCACUUCUUGCUAGAUGUUUGUUUAAAUGGUUGAUAUCUGUCAGCUUGGCCUGAGAUUCUCAGCACAAGCUUGCAUUGCAGCAAAAUAUGGCCUUUAGUUUGCUCCCAGCAGAAUGGCUUCUGUUCAUGAGAUGCUCUUAAAAUUCAUUAUUUGUGUCAUGAUAACUUGAGGGAAAAACAAAAGACAACAGGGUUGAUUUAUAAUUUGCAUGCAACACAAAAGCACAUGGAUAAAGCUUUGAAAAUCAACAUUUUACAUGAAAACGGUUGACAUUUGUGGUGCCAGAUAUAUGUUGAUUUUUUGCUUUCGUUAUUGCUGAUCAGUUGAAAUCUGAUAUUAAAAUCAAUUAAUGAGCUUAACUGUGAGAGCAUCAUAUUGAUUUAGCUUUUUGAGAUUUUUCAGUUGUGCUCUUGUUAUUAUGACAUAUUAAAUCAUAUUUAUAAGAUAAAGGGGGUAAUCGUAACAAGUCAUAAUUUCAACCUUCAUUUUUUAAUCCUUUCGAAAGUGAUGACUUUUUGUCAUUUUAUGACUUUUCUCAUAAGUUUGACUUUUAUGUCUCAAUUUCAACUUUUUAUAUCUUAAUGACUUAGUAUGUCAAUUUUGACUUGACUUCAUGUCAUAAUUAUUUACCAAAGCAUGAUUUUCCCUUAUGUGGUGGAAUUGGAUUUUUAAAUAAAAGUUGGCAUAAUGCCCAUUUUAGGGUUAAAAACUGUUUGAGAAGGAAACCUUCUGCAAGCAUGACACAAAGAGAAUAAAAUGCAAAAAGCAGUGACUGUAGCAUCAAAUAACAUGAAAUUAAAAUAUGCUUAUGAAAAAAAAAAAAGGAUAAUGAAUUAAGAGAGACGUAUCUUUAAGGGCACAGAAAAGUGCUAUCAUAUGACAAUGCAGACUUCCGAUGUGCAAUACGAUGAGAAUUACAAAUACUGACUGGAAAAUGUUACAAUGCACUUUCAACCUUUACUGUGUUUAAAGCAUUGAGUUUCGAUUUGUUUUUGAACAGUUGACAAGUGCAUGCGGUUGCAAUCCUUGAUAAAGUGCAUUAGUGCUGUUUACUGAAUUGGCAUCAGGGGUUGUUCCAUGCAUAUCACUGGCUGCAGAGAAUGUUAUUCAUAAUGUAUGAGCUGAAAAACUACAACAUUAGCCACUGUACCAGUCUUGACUGAAACCCUAAUGUGCCAUAUAUUCUUGUGUGGGAAUCUGCAGUGUUUGGGGAACUCGUUAUGUGCAAUGUGUCUGUGUUAAACAGACUCCACAAGGAGUUUUAGUCUACCCUAUGCAUGCAUGGUAGAGCCCUUGCUCUUUUACUCGGUGUUAACUUAUUAACUAAGUGUGUCAGUAAUGGUUGGAUCUGUUGUAGCAUAGAUCCUUAUAAGGGUUAUGGUGUGUGAACAUUUCUAUUUGUUUAUGUUUUAUUUUGUAAUUAGAUAUAUGAAAUAGAAAUACAAGUAUUCUAGUCUUCCAAAUGAAAACACAUUGUGUGAUCAUGUAAUAAUAGUGAUAAUAUAAGUACAAUCUAAUUUUCCUGAGGCGAUAACUGGAAAAGCGGGGAUAAUGUAUAAAGAUAUUGUAUAAUGUAUAUGGAGGGUUAAAUAUCUGUGAACACCUGUACAGCCUGAACUACAAAGAUGUGAAAGCUGGAACGAAAGAUUGAAAAGCUGUUAUUUUAAAGCAACUACAGUUUUAAAAUCAUUCUGAUGGUUCACUGACUUUUAAUAAUGCAAAUGGCUUCUGUUUCUUUUUCCUUUUUCUGCUCAAUCGUGUGUUUUGGGAAGAUGUAGCCUAAGUUUGCUGAGCGGGUACGAAAUUCUGCGAAAAAGGUGGAUUGCUUUACGGCAGUAACAAAUGCACAUGUAAUUCCGACAGUGAAUUUCACUCACAACUUUAAAAAAAAAAAAAAAAGAUACACAGAACAUACAGUUGCUUUAACUGGACAUUUGUAAAAAAAAAUUAAAAAAAUAAAACAUAAAAACGUGCAGAUAAAAUAGCGUGUAGCUGACGGCCUUAGUAGCAUUACUGUCCUAAACUAAAUCUCUUCAGCAUGUGCGUAACUGUAAAUGAAUGAUGUGGCCUUUACGCGAUCAAGGUAAUUGUCACACCUCGAACAAACAUGCACAUUGUAAUAUUGUAAACCCUGGCCCUGUUUAGUAGGCGGUUAUUAAUUUAGUUUUUCUAUCAUGUUUUAAUGAUGAAGGCUUUAAAGGGCUUCCUGUGCAAGAAUCAAUCCCCCCAAAACAAGUUUUAUACUAUGCAAGACAGAUGCAUGUCAACAACGACACAUCAACAUAACAUCCAGACAGCAGCAGUGGUUGGCUAUGGGGAGGGCUAUCGCUGGUGAUUGCAGAGAUAUUUUGCAUGUUGUUUAUUUAUGCUAUGUGGGUUAUUAAAACUGAAGUUUUCAAAUGCCAA